AUGCCGCUCAUCAAGAGGAUCAUUGAACCACGGCAUCUGUGUCAUGGGGCUUUACCAGAGGGUGUCACCAGUGAGUUGGAAUGUGUGACAAACAGCACGUUAGCUGCCAUUAUAAAGCAGCUUGGCAGUCUCAGUAGACAUGCUGAAGAUAUAUUUGGGGAACUUUUUAAUGAAGCUAACAAUUUCUGUAUGCGAGUUAACUCUCUCCAGGAGAGGAUUGAUUGCCUGGCAAUUAAAGUCACUCAAUUGGAUUCCACUGUAGAGGAAGUCUCACUUCAGGACAUCAACAUGAGGAAAGCAUUUAAGAGUUCAACAACACAAGAUCAGCAGGUGGUUUCACGGAAUACUAUUCCAAAUCCAGUGUUGGAAAUGUUCCAGCAAUGUGAUAAACCACCGCCCCUCAACAUCUUGACACCAUAUAGGGAUGACAGAAAAGAUGGGCUGAAAUUUUACACAGAUUCCUCCUAUUUCUUCAAUUUAUGGAAGGAAAAAAUGCUGCAGGCUACAGAGGAUAAAAGGAAGGAAAAACGAAGGCAAAAGCAGGAACAGAAGCUGGUGGAAGAUGCUACUCGUGAGGUGAAGAAGGUUCGUAAAGCUCGAACCCGACGGCCAGAGUGGGAUGUGAUGGGGCGCGAUAAAGAGUUUAGAGCUGAUCACAGGUUUUCUUCAUCACCCUACCACGCAGCAUCUUCUGAAGGAUCAGUGUCGCCAGAUACCAGGUCCUAUAUAUCUGAUGUCGGGGAGCUUUCAUUUCCGGCUAGUCCCAACCAUCCAGUUCAACAGUCAGCAGUCUCCAUUUCCUACGUAGUACCUGAUAACAAAGAGCUUUUAUCAGCUGUAACCCAAGCACAGGAUCGUGCAUACAGACUGCCUGCCGCAAAUGUUAGGCAAACCUCACUUACCAGAGCACAGCAGCCUCACCUGACGCAACCUGCUGAGGCUACUCUCAAUGGGCCAAGACCCCAACUUGUUAAAGAAUACAGUGCACAGCCAGUGCAGUUGUCAGAAUACUAUACACCACCCGCCCCUGCUCCUCCUCCUCCACCCCCUCCCCUUAUUCCAUCAGCCCAAACUGCAUUUGACAGUCCUAUUUCUGCACCUCCCCCUCUUGCACUCAGUUCUGUGGCAGCUGUAGGCCGCACUUAUACCCCUUCACCUCCCCCACCUGUGCCCCCAUUAUCAUAUACCCCUCCCCCUCCUGGUCCUCCUGCUGCACCCCCUCCUCCUCCACCUGGCCCACCUCUUUUGGUCCCAUCUCCACUACACUCUGCCUCACCACCCUCUGCAGUUGAAAUAAAGAAAGCCCAAGCAACUCCAGUGCCAAUCAGUGAUGCUCGAAGUGACCUACUUGCUGCUAUUCGAAGAGGAAUUCAGCUUCGAAAAGUGCAAGAACAACGAGAGCAAGAAGCAAAAAAGGAGCCCGUUGGAAAUGAUGUGGCAACCAUUCUGUCCCGUCGGAUUGCAGUGGAGUACAGCGAGUCUGAUGAUGACUCAGAACUGGAUGAGAACGAGUGGUCUGAUUAA